AAUUUGAAAGUUCGCGAGCACAACAUCCUCGGCUCCUAUGUAGACGGCCUCUCAACGCUUGCUGUCUCCUCAUUCCAGGACAUUGACACUCUGAUGUGUGAGGGCAACAAAUCGCGCACUGUGGCUGCCACCAACAUGAACAGUGAAAGUUCGAGGUCGCAUGCUGUAUUCAACAUCAUACUCACUCAGACACUCAUCAAUCUGCAGGCUGAUGUGUCAGGAGAGAAAGUGAGUAAAAUAAGUUUGGUGGAUCUUGCUGGCAGUGAGAGGGCUCAGAAGACUGGAGCAAUGGGGGAGAGGUUGAAAGAAGGCAGCAAUAUCAACAAAUCAUUGACAACGCUGGGUCUCGUUAUAUCUGCUUUGGCUGAUCAAGCUUCUGGAAAGAGUAAGAAUAAAUUUGUACCAUACCGAGAUUCCGUGCUUACUUGGUUGUUGAAAGACAACCUGGGGGGCAACUCGAAGACGGUGAUGAUUGCCACGUUAAGUCCAUCCGCUGACAACUAUGAGGAAACAUUAUCAACCCUUCGUUAUGCUGACCGAGCCAAGAGAAUUGUCAAUCAUGCCGUUGUCAACGAGGACCCCAAUGCCAGGAUCAUCAGGGAGUUGAGGGAGGAGGUGGACAUGUUGCGGAAGAUGUUGACCGAAGCCAAACAGAGUGUGAAGCCAGUUGAACUGCAGGAGAGAUUGGAGGAAUCAGAGAAGUUGAUGAAGGAAAUUGGAAAGACCUGGGAAGAAAAGUUGAAUGAAACUGAACGCAUCCAUCUGGAGAGACACGCAGCUCUGGAAAAGAUGGGCAUCUCAGUGGAGACCUCUGGCAUCAAGGUGGAACAGGGCAAGCACUACCUGGUCAAUCUCAAUGCUGAUCCAUGCCUCAACGAACUUCUCGUCUACUAUCUUAAGGAGCACACAUUGAUCGGUCGACCCGAUGCAGACAUCCAGUUGUAUGGCCUGGGCAUCAUGCCUCAACAUUGCAUCAUGACCAUCGAAGGCUUGGACGUCUACAUACAGCCAAUUAAAGGAGCAAGAACGUGUGUGAAUGGACGAAUGAUCACUGACCGCAUGAGAGUGAAGCAUGGGGACAGAAUUGUUUGGGGCAGCUAUCACUUCUUCAGACUCAACUGCCCAAAAACUAGUAAAUUUCAUUUUAUGUUAUUGUCUUCAGAAACUCCAGAGAACAUAGAUUACGAUUUUGCCCAACAAGAGUUGAUGUUGCAGCAGAUGGUCGGCGAUCCAAUUCAGGAGGCCAUAAACAGCAUCGAGAAACAGCAUGAAGAAGAUAAACAAGGCAUGCUACUUCAGAGACUGAUGUACGAACGACAGAUGCAGAAACUACGCAACCAGUUGAUGUCUCCAGGUGCCCCUUCCAUCCCCUACACCUUCGAUUCUUUCUCCAAACUGACACCGACCGCUGGAACUCCAUCUGCUUAUUCGUCAUCCACUUAUGCUACCAUACCUUCCAAGUAUCAGUUCUGGGCCAAAGAUAGAGAGAAGAUCUUUCGUCAAAGUUUGUGCAAGUUGAAGGAGGAAGUAGUGAAAGCCAACACAUUGGUAAGUGAAGCCAACUUUUUGGCUCAGGAGCUUUCAAAAGAUGUUGAAUAUUCAGUUACACUCCAAAUUCCUGCCACUAAUCUCAGUCCAAAUAGGAAGAAAGGAGCGUUCGUGAGUGAGCCGGCAAUAUUAGUGAAAUACAAAAACAGUAAUCGAGCCAGCCAGGUGUGGUCUAUGGAGAAGUUUGAGAAUCGAGUCAUUGAUAUGAGAGAUUGCUAUGAGGACUACAAAGAAAUUGGCUGUCUCAAUUCUCUAGGGGAGGAUGAAUUCGUUCUGGAGCACCAGGUUCCAGCAGGCAGGGAUGAUCCAUUCUUCGACACCAACGAAAACCGCCACCUGAUUGGUGUGGCCAAUGUUUUUCUUGAAGUUCUCUUCUACGAUGCCAAACUGGAUUAUCACGUUCCUAUCAUUAACCAGCAGGGAGAGGUGUCAGGUCGUUUACACGUUGAAAUAUCUCGUCUGAACGGACGCUUCAUAGAAGACACGUCGUCGUUAACAACGUCCUACCUGUCGGGCGAUGGUGUUGACCCCAUAAACGAGAACCCAAAAACACUCCAACACUCACUACUCCAUGGCCAGGUUGUCGUGAAAGAAGCCAGAGGCUUACCACCUGCAGUUUCAAAUUUAGUUUUCUGUCGGUACAACUUUUGGGGGUGUCCCGAGCCCGUGAAAAUCAAACCAAUCCUCGACCAAAACUACGCCGCUCACUGCUUGAAGAUCACUUUUGAAAAUAUGACCGUCAAGUUCAACCAUACUAAGGAAUUUCUUUUCCAAGUCACAGAGGAGUUUCUGGAGCACUGUGCAGAUGGUGCCCUAUCCAUCGAGGUGUGGGGUCACAGAGGCACGGAACUGCGGGGACUGCCUGGAUGGGGCAUUGAACAGGUUCAUGCCAAGUCGAGAUCCAUGCUAGACAGGUGGAAUGAGUUAACGAGGAAGAUAGAGUUGUGGGUGGAGAUUCAUGAGUUGAACGAUCAAGGUGACUAUGUACCGGUGGAGGUCGUCCAACAUGGCAGGAUGGAAAUUCCAACUGGCGGAGCCUACCAACUCAGACAAGGAUAUUCUCGCAGGAUACUGGUUUCAAUGAGGCCAGUUCAGAAUUCAGGCACCCUCCCCAUCAUCUGUGAAUCAAUCGAGCAGAUAUCAAUCGGGUGUGUAUGUGCUCGGUCUAAACUGCAGAAAGGUCUGGAUAGUUACCAGGAGGAAGAUUUGAACCUGCUCAGGCAGAAGUGGUCCGAAGCUCUUGAGAAGAGAAGGGAGUACCUCGAUGAGCAGUUGCAGAAGAUUAUGAACAAAAAAGAUAAAACAGAAGCAGAUGCUGAACGAGAAUGCAGUCUCAUUGAUCAGUGGGUCUGUCUGGCUGAAGAACGCAAUGCCGUCCUAGUGCCCGCUGUUGGCAGUUGCAUACCUGGAGCACCUGCCGAUUGGGACCAUGCACCGACCAUGGAGCAGCACAUUCCUGUUGUCUUCCUUGAUUUAAAUGCUGAAGACAUGUCAACUCCGAGUGCAAAGGAAGGCUUGCAAGCAGUGGGAUGUAAUUCCAUCCUGCCCAAGGAACAAGGAACCAAAUUUUUCCCGCUUUCUUUUGUUAAGACUUUUGACAAGGAGGUGUCGGUUCUUGCGUCCUGGGACUCAUCUGUCCACGAUUCCAUCCAUCUGAACCGCAUCACACCCAGCAACGAACGGGUCUACCUUAUACUUAAGGUCGUUGUUCGUCUGAGCCAUCCAGCCAGAAUGGAAGUAGUCCUUAGGAAGAGGAUUUGCAUCAACGUCUACAAGAAACAGAGUUUCACCGACAAGCUUAAGAAGAAGAUUGGAAAGGCUGAUUUUAUGUCCGCUACUGGAGUCACUUAUGAGUUUGUUUCCAACAUUCCAAAGUCAUCAGAGGAGUUAGAGGACCGUGAAAGUUUGGCACAGAUUGCAGCCUCACAAAACAACCAAGACACAUCAGAUGGCGAAACGUACAUUGAAAAGUACAUCAAAGGUGUGUCAGCUGUUGAAAGUAUUCUUAUGUUGGAUAGGUUGAGACAGGAUGUAGCAGUGAAAGAGAUCCUCUCAGUCAAAGGCCGUCCAUUGAGGAAAGCAACGAGCGUGCCAAAUAUUUACAAUGUUAGAUAUUCCAACUCCAUCAUAUAUUUUCAUUGUCAAUUUUGUUUUGCUCAUUAUAUCAGCUCCCCAUUAAAAAACAUCAUCAUUUAUAUAUAUAUAUAUAUAUAUAUAUAUAUAUAUAUAUAUUUAUUUAUUUAUUUACUUGGUUUGUAA